UUGUCUACUCUUUAAAUCUAGAAAAUGAGCCAGCUCGUCAUUUGAAAAAGCCUUCUAAACGCACAUUUGUCGUGGUCACGUUAGUCGCGAUAAUUACGGUCUUAAAAAGUACCGCGAUAUUUUCCUAGUUUUUAUUUCAUCCAGAGUAGUAGUACUCUAUACAUAUAAUUUCAAAUUUGUAUGAAAUUUUUACUUCGAUUGAUAAGCGUAAUAUUUACUCGUUUUCUUAAAUAUUUCGUUGAACAAUGAAUUUUGUAUUUUGUAAACAAAUUUAACCGUAUCGGUAGCUUUAUGUCAUUUACAUUUGUACUUCACCGACGAAUCCCAUGAGAACAGAUUUUAAGUAUGUUGUCAACUAUAUAAACAUGUAGUCAUUUAGCCAAAUUUCUUCUUUUAUUAACGUAACAAUGGUUAAGAAGGACGUAGUUAGAAUUUUCAGAAUAUGAAGCUUCAAUAGAUAAAGCCAAGCAACAUGUUGUGAAUUAUUAUACUAUAUGGUACGAGUAUUUUACGAGCAAUGGAGACAGAGGAAAUUUAUAGCCUUACACUUGCUCCACCCGUUAUAUCAAGAUUUGCAGUUCAGUGGUCUCAAGACAAUCAUGUAUCGAUCAUUACAGAGAAGGGAAUUCAUAUUCUUGAAUUAAUACCUACGCCAACGUCUCCUCAUUCGAUUAUAAAAUUUUCUCGAUCUUUUGUUUAUUCACCAACAACUUAUCCAACAGAAGUUGUAAUAAAUAAAGUAGAAUCUAAAAUCUGGAACAUGGACCGUGAAGAUCUUUAUUCAUUUUUAAUAGAAGAGAGUCUAACUCCAAAAAUGUCUAACGUUAAGGACAUGAUACCGAAAAUAGUUGAUUUAACGUGGUCACCAGAAAAUCUAAUACAUCCAGGCAAAUGCUGUCUUGGAAUUUUAACAUCGACGGGUGCUUGUACAGUUAUCCACAAAAUUUCGACAGAUUGGUAUCCCGCGCAUGACUUAUCCUCUAUACGCUAUAGAGCUGUAGAGAAUGAAAUUAAUACAAAGCUAGAAAAUAUUAACGGUAAUAAUGAUUCGUGUCUAACAAUAAAAGAUUGCAUUAACAUGCUAUAUGCUUCUUGCAUGACUUGGAGCAUACUCUUUGUAGAUCAUGCGUAUCUUUCUGUUGCUUAUCGCAAUGGAGAUAUAGUUAUUUAUAAAAUUUUUAAAAUAUCGGAUUGUGAUAAAAUACCAGAACCUAAAAUUGCGGGUACAAUACGACUAAAUGAAAAUGUUAAAAUAAAUGCUUUGCAUUGGAUUACAAUUAACACAGAAGAACAUAUGAUUAUUGUUGGAUACUUCGAUGGACGCAUUUAUGGUCUUAGAAUUAAAAGUCACAACGAAGUAGUUGAACUUGAAUCGGUUGACAAAUAUUACGAUUAUGCAGAUCGCAUUCCCGUUAGCGCUAUAAGAACAUUUCCUCGAGUUAAUUCAAUUAUAAAAGUUCUUAUUUCAAAAGGAACUUUCGUCUUUUUAUUACAUUUUACGAUGAAAAGAACAUUAAUGAGUAUAGAAAAUGUACAAUUAGAAGGAUUCAUGAUUUCAGGAGUAACUUGUAUAAGUGCAGAUUACGCACUAGUUACAACAGAAAAUAGUUCGAUGUUUGGAAUUGAUACACAAGAAAAUAAAUUAUCGAAAAUCGAAGUAAAAAAUGGAUUGCAACAAGCUCAUGUACGAUAUCUGGGUCUAGCUCACUCUUUAAGUUACGUAAUAUUUGUAAAUGUAACUUCUCCAAAUAGUUUAUACGACCAUUUAAUACUAAAAGAACCAAGCAAGAUAUGUAUGUUUGGCUUAAAAGGUGAACAUUGGGAUCCAUCUUUUAUAAUAAACAAAAGCGAAGGAGUGAAGUUCGAACAAUUAUGGGACUGUUUAGAAGUAAUUAGGAUGAAAGCAACUAAAGCAGCGGAACCUUCAACUGUAUUGCCAAAAGUACCAUCUAAUUUGGAAUGUUUGUCUUUACACGAGUUACGAAUAGCAAUGUGGGUAUCGGUGAUAAUAGAAAUUUGCGAGAAGAAAAAAGUAAUUCAAGGAAUAGGAAGUAUAGCAGGAGAAAUAUCGGAAGUACAACCUUUAAUUUUUGUCCACACUGCGUGUAAUUAUCUCGAAUGUCUUGUAAAUAAAUCCUCACUGCUCGAAGAAGAGAAACUCUCUGUAAACUUAUUAAGAAUGUACUUGGAAGUGUACCUAGCAGGAGAAGAAAACGAAGAACCAACUCUGCUUUCAAAGCGUGUUAAAGAUGUUUUACAAAAACUAUCGCAAUUUAGUUCGAUCGGUGUCGAGACUUGUAAUUUGUGCGGUGAAAUAAUAAACGAUCUUUCUUGGAAAGUAACAAAAUGUCUGCAGGGCCAUAUACUACCUAGAUGUGCUAUUACUCUUUUACAAAUAACUACAGUGCGAUAUAGGAUGUGUCAUGUAUGUGAUUUAAUCUUUCAUCCUUGUUUAGAUCACGAAUUCGAAGAAACAAGGUGUCUUUUUUGUGAUAUACCCGUGCUUCAGGAUAAUCGGGUAUUAAGCUCGAAAUCUUUCGUCUCUAUAGAGAAGAGUUUGUCUAGACCACAAAAUUUUAUUUUCGAGACAUUGGAAGAUCGAGAAACUGAGGUAAUCGCUGAUGAAUCUUAAGAUAAAUCAUCUCACCUCAGGCAAAAAUAUACAUAUAUAUGCAUUUUUAAAUUUAAAAGUGACUUUAUUUGUAUGUAUAAAAACUUUACAAUGUUACACACACGUACAAAUGCGAUUACGAAGCGUUAUAUAAUUUAUGUAAAAUAUUGAUGUAAAGGACUGUAUGAAAAUAAUGCUACUUUUAUAUAUAACUCAAAAUAAAAUAUUUAAUUUAAAAAUAAAUGCAAACUCCAUAAGGUUGAAUACGUACGUUACCGUUUUCAUUUUUGGCGGGCUGCGCAUGUCGCAUGCAUGAAAAGAGCACUUAUUUAAAAACACUUUUUUAAACCAAUAAAUGUUACAAACACGUAGACUUGUAGAGACUUGUAUGUGUAUUGCACGCGUCGCUGUCAAUUUAAAGCCAUUUAACAAAUGUAAAUAAAUAAAUUUAAAAAACUAAUACAAUUACACGUAUAAAGAGACACUGUAAGCGAGAUCAAGCAUGAC